AUGCUAACGUUGAUACGUAACACUAGGACGGUAUAUAUUGGAAGUCGUUCAUUCAGACCAUACCAUUCAGUUGUGGAGAGCAUCAAAUCGGAGGUUCAAGCUCAUCCGAUUUAUAUUGUCUGUUUACCUAUUACGACCAAGAAAUCAUUUUUCUUCUGCCAGUAUACUCCAAAGGCUUUGCCUGAUGGCAAGGAAGGGCUGGACACGAAGCUAGUCAACUGGGCGGCGAGAGCUUGGAAUAGACUUGAGAGGUCCGAGAAUCGAAUCAACAAAUCAGUUGUUAGUCUUAUGCAUCGCCUUCUAAAUGAGAUACCGUGGAUGGAAACAUGUUUCAGGUCCAUACCGUCGCAAAACAAAAUUACUAGAUAUCUCAAAGAUUACCAUAAACCAGACGAGAAAACAGAAAGGAAAUCCGACCAAGACCGUAAAGUGCAUCCGGGAUUGGUGACCCAGUUAGACAUUUCUCCCGAGGAACUAGAGCAAAUACCUUUGUACUACCCAUCGUUGUUGCUUUCUAGUGAGCAGAUCACCAACGAGCUUCGAUCAGAGCUCCAAAAAGGUCACGAGUACCAUAAAAAGUACCUCUUCGUGAAUCUCUUAUUGCUGCCACUAACGAUUCCUUUUGCAUUGAUCCCACUGAUACCCAACGUUCCUGGAUUUUACCUUGCUUAUCGAUCCUACUGUCAUUUGACGGCAUUGAAUGGAGUGAAGCAUUUGCGGUUUUUGUUGGACCUGAAAGGCGGCGAAGAGCAUCAUCUUCAGAUGAUCGGUUUACAAGACGCACACAAACUAUUCAUUGAGUCCCAAGAUGAGACUACCAGAUCGAAUGUGCUUGAACACAUUAAAAAGAGUGAUUUGAAAGAAAAGCUACUGCUCGAUGAAAGCUCCAUCACCAACAUUUGCAAGGCUUUUGGAAUUGAGAAAUUUGAGCCCAACCUCCAUGUCGCAUUGUAUCAGGAACGCAAAAGGCUGAGCCAAGAAGGCAUUGAGCCUUCUAGAAAUUAG